AACAUAACAUUCUAAAAAAAAGAAGAAGAAGGCUGUGUUAGCAGUGCUGUUACGUUAAGUGACCUGCCGAUGUGCUUCAAUGAUAAAUAGAUUUCUGUUGGAAAACGACCGUUUUUCAAACUCACCUUUUGUCUGUUUCAGAAUAGAGCAAGGUAACUGAUCGGUCCUCUUGGCUGAUGUGAAGAUGCCUGCUGGUGUGUCAUGGCCUCGGUACCUGAGGAUGUUUGGUGCCAGUGUACUAUCUAUGUUUGUCGGAGCAGAGGUUGUCCAUCAGUACUACAGACCCGAUCUGACUAUUCCAGAAAUCCCUCCCAAACCUGGUGAAUUGAGGACUGAAGUGCUGGGAUUUAAAGCCAGAGAAGAGGCUGCUGCCGUUGCCCAAAGACAGUGACCCUUUCCGUUGACUGAUUAAAUUUUUGUACAGUAUAACUCUAGAGCAAUCCUUGUACAUAUUGCACAUGUUUAAUAACCACAAAGGGGCAAAAAUGUGAAUAAGAAAAAUUGGAUGGACAUGUGCGUAUCACAUUUGUUAUGAAACGAAUGUGGUAUAAAUUGACGUGUGCCAAUUCUAUUCAAAGUUACUCCAGGCAAUGAUGUGUUCACAUGGCUGGAUGGCACUUCAGGCUCCUCAGACUAUAAAAAGAAAUGGAACAUUUAUUUAACUAGGCAAGUUAGUUAAUAACAAGUUCUUAUUUACAUUUAGGUCAGGAGCCUACAAUUGCGUUUAUCGAACCUAUUGUCAUGGAGAACUCAUGAGGUUUUGAAUAUGGGACAACUUGCAGAGCAGACACCCUUUUGCUGUUCUUGAUGCGAGAGCCAUAGCAAAGUGAGCUCAAGUUUUAACCAUGUUGUCUGAUGGAUCACUCAUGUAACUUCUGCGCAGACUCGUAUGAGUAUGUCAGAUACUGUAUGUAUGUAACUGUUCAUUGGGUUUUUAAUCAACAGAUGUGAAUCAAAUGUUUGUGUUUAUGCUUUUAAUAAACUUAUGUUGGGUCCACACGCAACAACAAAAAAUAUA